AGAGACAAAAUUUUAAAGUGGGCCCCUCGCUGAUACACACACACACACACACUUCACAAUAUAUAGUCACGUGACUUGCCUCUCUGGGGGGCCCCUCGAGGUGUGGGGGCCCCCAGGCAGCCGCCUCCCCUUGACUAAUAGUAGUUACGCCCCUGUUCCACAUUAAAAAACAACCACCAUCAGCUGUGUAGAAGACUUAAUUGGAUAAUGUCCCACAACUACAUUUCAUGGCCUGCGGCAGCAACCAACAACAUUUUGUCACCUCAAAGACACACCUAGAGCAGGCAAUAGUGAAACCGAAAUAGUGCAAGUUCAGCCGUCCGAGAUCCAAGUUCAAAUGUUUACUCGGUAAUGAAACAGAAGCAACUCUUAGCAACAUCUUUGACGACCACCUCACCCCGUUACGUCAUUACCACAUGGAAGGUACACAAACUCAGAAGACUCCACCGGUUAUGGCUUCUCAACAUGCAAACAUGAAGCAAAACAUCUGCACAACAUACACAAUGCCCAGGGCAGGAUCUGGAAGUCAAAAGUGCAACUAGGACCCUUAUGUUCAGCAGAGUUGGGUCUGAUCAGUACCUGAGUAGAAGUCCUUGGGACUUCCACAUAUGCUGCCUUGAACUCCAUCACAGAAUAAAGGUUGCUAUGGUAGAAGUCCAGUUGGAUGCUGAGCACGAUUACCCCCAAGGGCUCCUGAUCGCAUUUAGUGCCUGCACGACGGUCCUGGUAGCCGUUCACCUCUUUGCCCUCAUGGUAAGCACCUGCAUCCUCCCAAACAUCGAGGCAGUCAGUAACGUGCACAACCUCAACUCCGUGAAGGAGUCGCCCCACGAGCGCAUGCACCGACACAUUGAGCUGGCCUGGGCGUUCUCCACCGUCAUUGGGACUCUGCUCUUCUUGGCUGAGGUCGUCCUGCUCUGUUGGGUGAAGUUCCUGCCCCUGAAGAAGAAGUCCUCAGCCGGAGCCACCAAUACAAACGAUACCGUCGCCAUCACCCCAGGCGAAGCGGCAGCUAUCGCUUCGACCUCCAUCAUGGUUCCCUUCGGGCUGAUUUUCAUUGUGUUUGCCGUCCACUUCUAUCGGUCUUUGGUGAGCCACAAGACAGACCGCCAGUUCCAGGAACUGAACGAGCUGGCUGAGUUUGCCCGACUCCAAGAUCAGCUGGACCACAGAGGCGACACCCUGCCACCUCCCGGCAGCCAUUAUGCAUAAAGACGCACCAAUGGAAAGCAGAUGUUUCUGAUGUUGUUCUCUUUGACUCCCUCGUGCAUGGACUUGGCUGGAUUCCUGAUGGCUUGUUUGGAAAGAGAGAUUAGACGUGCUCUACCGUAACCUUUUAGUACUCUAAAAAAAACCCCAACCCAAACCAAUAUUUUAGACGAGUGAAAUCUGGAAGCGCCAAUGUUAGGCGGGGGAGUGCCUGUGUGUGUCUCUCGGUGUCCCUGCUCUGGUUGGUAUCGUGCAGGUUGUUUCAGGUGGAAGGGGGAAAUAUUAACAUCCUAUGUCAAAAGGGCAGGGUUGGGGAGGUUGUUUCGGGCACGUCGGGAAGUAUUCUGUUAACUGGCGUUGGAUAGGACAUAUUUUUGCUGGUCCGAUGCACGUUGCACAGUGUACUGUCCAGCAAUUUGCAUUUGUUUGAUGCUAAUCUUGGGUGACUUUUAAAGCCCUAAAGCAGGAGUAGGAGAUGGGUUCAGAGUGGUGUGCGUGACAUGAUUCCACAGAAGCACAAAACAGCUGCAGAGCUGGCAACAGGAUUCACCUUCUAGAGAAUCUGGACCACCUUCUUAAAAAGGCCAUGUUCAUAGUCCUUGUGUGUUUGAAGGUGCACUUAAAAGCAUCAGUGGCUUCUGAGAUCUUGGACACUAAAUGGAUGACUAAGAUUUGUUGUAUCAGAGGGAGAAGCUUUACAGCCCCUGCCCGAAUUCUUGAUCCUUCCCAUGGUUGGCAGGAUCAGAGUAAAUUUAUGCAAAAUGGAAGAAACCAAACAAAUGAGCUUAAUUGCAGGAUUUAUCCAGGGGUGCAGAAUCCAGCUUUCCUGAUGCAAAACUUGGAUUAUCCUGGCAAAGUUUGGUUUAUUGAAGGGCCUGCUGCCAAUAAAGAAAUCUUAGUGGAUUAAUGAGAUAGAUUUUAAUGGGUUGAUUAAAUCUUCAUACAUCUGGCAAAAACAACAGUUUUGAAGGAAAAGAAUGUUCAGAACCAAUUAAACUUUCGCAACCUCUGCAAAGGAAUCUGGGAAUUGUAGUCUUGUGAGGUGCUGAAAAAUCUCUUGCUGGAGAUACUCUGCCCUGUUCCCAGCCAGAACUACAGUUCCCAGGAUGCCUUGCUUGGGAGCCAUGAUGCUUAAAAUAGACUUGCGAAUUGGUUUCAUGUGUCUAGCAUACACAUACUCUUGUUUGUUUGAGUACAUCACACAAGUCCUCAGCUGCAGAACUGGGUCCCUGUUUUUGCUGGCUGGAUCACGUUUGUUGAAUGCUGUUUAAAGUGGGUGUUGGGCAGAAGAACGGAAUCUACUGGCAGAUUUCUAAGUGAUUUGCGGUGACUGGCAUUGUCCUAAUCUCAGCCACUGCAUUUUGCCUGUAAAAUAAGAGAGUUACUUGGUUACCUUUGACCAGGUCUUUGGGCAGCUCUGUUAGUGGGUCUGGUGUUAGAACUCUUAAUCUUUAGAUCAGGGCUUCCUAACUGUCCAGAGGCUGGACUGCAACUCCCAUGAUCCCUCUGGCUUGGAAAGCCACUCUUUUGCACGGAGUCUGGAGUUUGGUGGGUGGCUCUUGGGCAUUGUAAUCAAAAUGCAAAAAACAAAAAAGUGGUUCUUUCAAGUGGUUCUGUCGUCUGCUCUAGUUCAUGAGCCAGCUGGGUUGGUUGGUACCGUCUGGGGGUGGAAUGAAUGUUCAUUGAGCUUUUUGACAAGGUCUAUGCCCCUAGAGAUGGAAAAUAGGUGAUAGCAUUGCAGUACUUUCAGGUUUCAGAGUGCGGUGUGAUGCUCUUGUCAUCCUGACCAACAGGCUUGCAGCAGCCAAAUCUACAAUGCUGUUUUAAAAGCUUUUAGAAGUCUGAAAAACACAAAAACUGCUGUAAUAUUCUAUCAGUGUGAGGAACAGAAAUGAAAAUUGGCAGGACUGUCCUCCAAAGAUUACUCCACGGAGAGAGGACAGCCGUUUUGUUGGUUGUUACCCUAACCCUUUCCUCUCUCUGAACCAUGACUGCAGUUUUACCCUAAUGAUCUGGGGGUAGGGGUAAAGGAGGAGUGAUAACACAGCGAAAGUGGUAAAUGCAGCAAUGCCAUCACCUAUUUUCCAUCUCUAGGUGUUGCCAAAAAUCACUGUGGGCAUUCAUCUCCUGAGAUUAUACCGAUGGCCAAAAUUUGUGGGCCUGAUUACUCAGCCUGGUUUAAAGAAUUAAAAAAAAACACCCUCAUGUGCUUAAUGCUGUGUUUCUUGUUACCUGGAGAAAAUGCAAAAUCCGCCUUUGGCAUGUGUGUCCCUGAUCCACUGUUGAAUGUUAUCCGUCUUAGGCUUCAGGUCUGCAGUGGCCGUUUGGUAUUUCAAUUCCUGCUGGAAUCUGGGGCUAGUUUACUGCUGUUCUCACCUGGGAUGCUUGAAAUGGACAGCAUAGACAGUUCUGGAGGAGAGUAGAACAUCAGCUGUUCUCCUGGACACAAUUGGUAGGCAGUUACCUUUUUCCAAAUGGUGGUAUCUUCCAUGUUCCCUUAGCAACUGAGAAUGUAGGAUGGGUCCUCUUUUCCCCUGCCCUUGUUUCUCCCAACACUUGGGAGCCAAAAGGAACAGUUAUUUAAUCCACACCAAGAGAAAUGAAGUGCUUCUACUGAUGAAGUACUUGCCGUACUUGUAAUUGCAAACGUUAACCCAUUUUUGGUUGAAAAUGUAGGUGCCCCAGUUUCUGUUUGGAAACUUGGAGGGCCUAUUCAGCUUGAGAAGGGUGAUGUUCCUGGGGCACGUCAGGAAAACAGGCAAGGAAAGGAGAGCUGGUCUUGUGAUAGUGAGCAUGACUCGUCCCCUCUGCUAAGCAGGAUCCACCUUGGUUUGCAUUUUGAUGGGUGGUACAUGUGCACACUGAAAUAUAUCCCCCUUAGGGGAUGGGGCCGGAGCUCCCUGGAAGAGCAUCUGCUUUGUAUGAUGGGAGUUGUCCAACAAUGUCUUGGCUUGGCCAUCCCUGCCCUAAACCCUAAACUAAAUCCAUCCCUGCCCUAAACAAUGCUCAGGAAGCGAACUUGUCCCCUUUUUGCUUGAAAAAAGUAUGUCUGUUGGAUAAGAAGAGCUAACUUUGCCCUUGCAAAAUGGCCAUUAUUUUAUAUACUCUUUAUAGUUCUAAAACAAGUGUGUGUGUGUGUGUGUGUGUGUGUUUUUAUAGAUAACAAAUAAAUUGGAUGUUAACAAGUGAGGUUUGGUAUUGAGCUACCAGCUGUGCUUUCUUAAUCUUGUUUGUUAUAAGAUCCCUUCUCUGCUUGCUCAGAAGCUAUAUUCAGGAUCUUUAAAAAACAAAAACAAAAAAAACACGUUAUCUUGGAACAUGUUAAUAUUUUGUGUUCGGCAUGGGAAAAGCUUUCUGUGUGGAAGUACUUAUCAGGAAAGGUUGGGAUGUGUGUGUAACUUUGUUUUUAUUGUUAAGAAGCGAGCGUCAUUGCUUCAUUUUAGAGGUUAACCUACUUUAAUGUCAAAACACUGUAAUUAUCUGGAGUUCUUGCUUGAGUUAAGCUCCCAGCGAGUGGAUGCUGGCCUAUUUUUUUUUUUAAAAAAGAUGCUGGAUAUGUUUGAAUUUGAAGGUUAUUUUAGGGUAUGCGUGUAUGAUAACCAAAUAAUUGUGUUCUGUGGGGGAGGGUGUUGUUGGUUUCUGUCCCUCCACCAUUACCCUCUUCUGUGCAUUUGUUAGAAUCCCCAGAAGGCCCAGUGGUAUUAUUUUAAGUCUCCAGUCCUCAAGAUAACUGUUGGUCUCGGAGACAAGUUUGUAACCCAGGGGUUGGCAACCUUGGCUUCUCCAGCUGUUGUUGAACAUCAUCCCAUCAUCCCCUGUAGUGCAUCAACAGCUGGGGAGCUAAGGCUGCCUACCCUUGCUCUAGCUCUUGGAGAAAUUAGAAGUUGUGAGAACCGUAAUUUAAGAAAAGGUUAAAAAAAGAGACUCCAGUUACCUAUGCUGUUCUGAAAUGAGUGAGUCUGCCAGGAAGGGUUGGGGAAAAUACUUGAAAUUACUUGCAUUGUUUAGGUGUCCAGGUGACAAGGCAUCUGGGUUUUUCCUACUCCUCCAAAUAUCCUUUUGUUUGUUUUCUAAAGUCGUCUUCAACUUUUUUGGGUUUGGGGGAUAGCAACUUUAAAAGAAGAAUAUUGUAGGCCAAGUGUUUGUAAUCUGCUCUGUAGCCUUAUUGAAAUCAAGUCAUCCUCUAGGGUAACAAUUGAGGAACUUUGUCUGGAUGUUGGCCAGGAUCUUUAGUUCUCACAUUUGGAAUAGCCAUAUAAUUUUUUUAAAAUUCACACUAGGAAGCAAAUGUCAACGUCAGGGUAAAAGAAGUUGUUCAUUCUGCUGCCAUUGUCUAGUAGCAACGCACUGCAGACUGAUUUACUCGGUUCUCUUGAGAUGAGAAACUUGAUCAGGGCAAAUCUGAGCCUAAAGGCAGCAGAAAGGAGCUUCUGGAUAAGUAGAGGCUACCUUCUGGGAUGAAAAGAGCAACGCCGCUGUCAGAUAUGCAGAACUCUGUGGAGUCUGGAGUUUGCCACAAGUGCUUAGCCUGAAAUACUGGGCAAGAGGAGGUUGAGAUGCCCGUCGAUUUAUCAAUUUCUAGUGAUUGCCAGUUAGAGCAGACAAUACCAGAACCUUUGUCCAACAAGCUCAGUACUGUCUGCUAGGGCUGAACCUUUACCCCAGUGGCCCCUUGGCCAAAUACGUACAGCAAAUUUAUGGAGACUGAGUCUUUAAUUGGGCAGGAUCACUUCUUUGGUAUCGCAUCAGUCGAGUUUGGUAUCGGUUACUCUGCAGAGAAAUGCAAGGCAGUGUUCUGCCCCAAAGAUUACAGUCUACAUUUCCACACACGUGGGAUGGGGUAAUCACAGGGGAUGGGUGGACCCGCAUAACAUUCUGGAAUGAAUUGAGAUCUAGUAGCCCCAAAUUCUCAAUUGGCAGCACUGGGGCUCAAGUUUUUCACACCCGGCUUCUAGUUCGCAUCUCCUCCGGAAUGGAGGUGUGCGUUCACACACCGGGCCAAAUUUACCCCAAAUUCCCUGCGAGCUGUCGAGGAACACUUCACAGACAAUUUGGUUUUUCACUGCACGUUAGAGGAUUGAUUAAGUGCCGUCAAGUCAGUGUUGACUCUUAGCGACCACAUCGAUAGAUUCUCUCCAGGAUGAUCUGUCUUCCACUUGGCCUUUCAGGUCUCUCCGUGGUGCAUCCACUACUGUUGUAUGUUCGAGUAUAGCCAGACUUAUAUCCAGGGUUUUUUAAAAAAACAUUAUUAUUUUUUUCAUCUUUUGUGGGGGCAACUUUGAACUCGCAGUAAACCCAUGGUAAAGGCUGCUGUCUGGGAAAGCUCCUGGUGGUAUUUGCUUUUAUUUAUUUAUUGUGCAUGAGUUAUGAACUGUUGACAAGUAUAAAACAAUGAGGUGUUUUUAAAAGUCUCCUAUAAAUACUCCUCUGGAGAACUGAAUGUUGAGGCUGCCUUCUCGAAAGUCUCCAGAAACUAUGCAGUUGACACCUAGAAAAUAUGUCUGAGCAAUCUAGGUACAUACAAAACAAACCAGAUGUAACUCUUUCAGUGUUCCCUCUAACAGGGAAUUGCAGAUGUUGUUCAUCACUCCCAGCCAAAGGCCGUCGCAGCAGGGCAUGCUGGGAGUUGUAGUCAACAACAUCUGGAAUUCCGUUAGAGGGAAUGCUGAAUUCUUUAACCAUUUUAAACUUCGUAUUUAAAUAACUCCAACCACUUAUAACUUAAAUAUAAACCACUUGUAAUGGGUAUGUUCCUUGGUGGGGGGGAGGUUUUUCCCCUGUUCAAACUUUCACAAGUUGGUGAUGUGCCAAAGAUUUAUCCCCCACCCCCUCUUUUUGCAAGUGCAGUAAAGAUUUAUCAGUAAUUUAUUCCACCCACACCCACACACACUUUAUUUCUGCCAUAUUUUGAGAAGGGCUAAUGGUAGGUUGAUACGAUUCUGUGGUGCACACUGUCUGAUUUGAGCUGGUUUGUGAGGGGUUUUUUAAAACUGCAUUUCUCUGAAGAACUUGUACCUACUCUUGUUUGGAAAUAAUUGCUAAGAUGACUAAAAAUGAAACUAGAAAAUUAAAAUUAUUUUUCCAGUUUA